GCUUCUGCUGCUGCUUCUUUGCUUCUCCGGCCCAGGGCGAGGCCUGCUCUGCUACUUGGUCGCUUUCUCCCAGGAAUCGAACCGAACCCGCCUGGAUGGGACCUCAGGAGAGUUGUGAGAGCUAAAUUCUCCAGUGAAUCUUGAAUUGGCAAGAAAGUGGAGAAGCUGAAGUUCCCAUUCCAUGGAUCCCUUGGGGGCACCUUCCCAGUUUGUGGAUGUGGAAACAUUACCAAGUUGGCGCAGCUCCUGUGAAGAUGAAUUAGAUGCUUCUGACUCCGCAGCUGAAACACUUCAGGAAGACACAAUUAGAUCGCCUUUCCUUUAUAACAAGGAUAUUAAUGGGAAAGUGGUUCUUUGGAAAGGAGAUGUGGCCUUGCUGAACUGUACGGCCAUUGUGAAUACCAGCAAUGAAAGUCUUACAGAUAAGAACCCUGUGUCAGAAAGUAUCUUCAUGCUUGCAGGGCCUGAUUUGAAAGAGGACCUCCAGAAACUCAAAGGCUGCCGGACAGGUGAAGCAAAAUUGACCAAAGGAUUUCAUCUAGCUGCCCGGUUCAUCAUUCAUACAGUGGGACCCAAAUACAAGAGCCGGUAUCGUACAGCAGCUGAGAGUUCCCUAUACAGCUGUUACAGAAAUGUGCUUCAGCUUGCCAAAGAGCAGUCCAUGUCUUCUGUUGGGUUCUGUGUCAUCAAUUCUGCAAAGCGAGGUUAUCCCUUAGAAGAUGCAACACACAUAGCACUCCGCACCGUCAGGCGAUUCCUAGAGAUCCAUGGCGAGAGCAUUGAAAAAGUAGUAUUUGCUGUCUCUGAGCUUGAAGAGGCCACUUAUCAAAAGCUGCUACCUCUGUACUUCCCACGGUCCUUGAAGGAGGAGAGUCAGUCUUUGCCAUACCUCCCUGCAGAUAUCGGAAAUGCAGAAGGGGAGCCCGUGGUACCAGAACGACAAAUACGAAUAAGUGAAAAGCCUGGUGCUCCAGAGGACAGCCAAGAAGAAGAUGAGGGAUUGGGUGUUGACCUCUCUUUUAUUGGCUCCCAUGCUUUUGCCCGAAUGGAGGGAGACAUUGAUAAGCAAAGAAGAUUGAUUCUUCAGGGACAGUUGUCAGAAGCAGCUCUACAGAAGCAACAUCAAAGGAAUUAUAAUCGCUGGUUGUGUCAAGCUCGAUCUGAGGAUCUGUCUGAUAUCGCGUCUCUAAAAGCAUUAUACCAAACAGGUGUUGAUAACUGUGGUCGCACAGUGAUGGUGGUAGUUGGACGCAACAUUCCUGUAACAUUAAUAGAUAUGGAUAAGGCACUCUUAUAUUUCAUCCAUGUGAUGGAUCAUAUUGCUGUGAAAGAAUACGUACUGGUGUAUUUUCACACACUGACCAGCGAAUACAAUCACCUAGACUCCGAGUUCCUGAAGAAAGUCUACGACGUCGUUGAUGUCAAGUACAAGAGGAACUUGAAGGCUGUUUACUUUGUCCAUCCAACAUUUCGCUCCAAGGUAUCAACAUGGUUUUUUACCACCUUUUCUGUCUCAGGACUGAAGGACAAAAUCCACCAUGUGGACAGCCUCCACCAGCUCUUCUCUGCAAUAUCACCGGAACAGAUCGACUUUCCUCCCUUCGUCCUUGAAUAUGAUGCCAGGGAAAAUGGACCUUACUGUACAUCUUAUCCCCCAUCGCCAGAUUUGUGACUUGCCAUCUUUCAGUGCUAUCAGUUUCCAAGGAUGUGACUCUCUCCAUGAAUCACGACCGAGUGACGUGAUAACUCAUUUUUUGCUGUACAGACCCAGAGAGCCUUUUGUUCGUCACCUCUCUGGUAUUUUUUUAUUGACUGUAUAUUUUCUGGCACAUAA